AUGUUAUGCGACUAUCAUGGUACUCAUGGUCACCGAACGGAGGAUUGCCGACAACUAAGGGAUGAAGUUGCCCGGUUACUGAAGAACGGUCACUUACGUGAAUUUUUGAGUGACCGAGCAAAAGGGCAUUACAAAAACAAGGAAGCAAUCAAGAAGGCUGAACCGGCAAAACCUCAACACGUGAUCAACAUGAUUAUUGGAGGAGUAGAAAUUUCCCGAGGUCCAAUGAUGAAGAAAAUGAAGGUCUCGAUCAGUCGGCAAAAAAGAACCAGAGAUUAUGUACCGGAGGGAUUCGUUUCCUUCAACGAUAAAGACAUGGAGGGCAUCAUUCAACAUCACAAUGAUGGUUUGGUAAUUUCUGUCCUUAUAAAUAAAUCUCAGGUUAAACGUAUUUUGAUUGAUCCAGGUAGUUCGGCCAACAUUAUCCGUUGGAAAGUGGUGGAGCAGCUGGGUCUGUUGGACCAAAUUGUACCAGUAUCCCGGCUCCUUAACGGGUUCAACAUGGCAUAUGAAACAACGAAAUGA